AAAGAGGAUGCCAUGAAACUGGUUGUCUUCACAGAGGAAUCAACAGCAAAGCAGAGCAAGACGUUUGGGGAAAAGAGGGAACCAGCACGAACAAAUUUGAAGAAGAAUUUCAUUUUCGAGGAGAAUCAAGAUGCAGAACUUAUCACUCCUCCUGCUGGCCUUGUUGGUGGACUUCCUGUUCGCCGCCUCUAUGAAUCCGUUCGCGACUCAGCCUCCGGUCACAAAAACCCUCAUCCGCUACAUUACUGUAGAUGAUGGGGACUACGAUGACGAAGAAACCACCAAGCCCAUUUCAAAGGGUCCUAAACCGGCCGGGGCCACUACCACUCAGUUUACCCCUCGUGAGUGCGAAUAUGACCCGUGUGUGGUUCCCAAGGUUCCCUGUUCUGUGAUUGCUGCCCGAACUAAGUGCUACUGUCCUGGAAUGACUGGUCCAGACGAGCUGCCUGCGGCUCCAGAGAUCAAAGAGUUGAAACAGGGCGCGUAUGGACUGGUGGAGGUCCAUUGGUGCGCACCACAAUCCCCCGUCUCCGACUACAGAAUAAUCACAGGAGGCCACGAGUCACAAAUUUUCAACAAUUUAACCCGUACUGGGACGGUGCAGGGAGUAAAGGUUGGGUCACGAGUUUGUGUCAUGGCACGGAAUAAAGUUGGAUUCAGCACCGAAUCAGAAAGAUCAUGUGCUCUCUUUAAGCCCAAGUCCAGUCAGGUUCAGAUGUCAUGGGUCAUCGCUGGGGUCAUCAGCCUUUUGGUACUGGCCUCGGUGUUAGCUGUGGUGUUGCUGUGGAGACGGAGGAGGGGUCAGAAGAACGGGAGCGUCGACGGCGAGGGACUACGAAACCCAUCCUACACCACAAACGAAACACUGUGAUUAAACCAGAUGACGUUUAAGGUACUCAAUUAGUGGUGUAAGAGGCCAGAUGAUUCAAGUGAGUAGACUCUGGGGAAGGUUCUUAGACCCAUUAACAACAUAAAUAUAUGCUCUGAAACAACACUCACAAAUCACACAUGAGGCAUGGUCCAAAGGAUGGUGGGGGACAAUACAGACAAAUCACGACCAAAAACUGAAACAAGAUAGACUUCAAACACCAUCGGCAAAACACUGGGAUUGGACAGGAUCAAAUUUGAAGCCCUACCAAAGGAAAGUUGGACUGCAAUUUCGGACAUCAACUAUGCGAGAUUCAACAGAAUAAGCAUAUUGCUCUUGUUGUUUUGUUGUCAUUUAAUCAAACGACAUCCUUGACUUUGAGGAAAUUAGUGUCCAUAGUUAUCAGGUACUAGCCAAGACAAGUACGGAGGAUACUGAAAAGAUCGACAUCUUAGUUUGUGUUCCAUUAGGACCAUGGGUCUUGAAUCUUAUCCACCAAGGAGCUGCACCCGAUGCCACUCGCUAAAUCAGUUAAUCUUGGUUUACAAUCAACUAACAAUUAGUUUGCUAGUUAUGGCCGGGUUCUUGCCCGAACCGAUAAUCACGUCAUCAGAUUUUCUCUGGCUAAUCAGACACGAGGUACGCCACCACUCUUGCUGGAGCAGUUUUUGGCCAGGCUUCCCUCUUUCAACUAACAAGUGUGCCUCCUAUUUGGUUGGAACGAAAGACUGCAGCCACUCUGGCCCUUUGCGGAUAAGUUUGAAGACCCCUGGCUCAGACCUUGCGUCCUCGUUUGAAGAAACCACCCCGAACACACAAAGACAUAACGCAGGUCGACAAAUCAGUAGCCUAGAUGUCUGGGACAAGAAGAUAUUUUGUCCAGGUGAUUUGAUUUUUAUUUACAAGUAGGUUCAUCAAAAAACUCUUUUUUGCGAGCUCAUGCAGCCAUCCCAAGAGAGAAAAUAAAGACACAAGCUAGACUCAAAUUGGACACUUUACGUGUGAUGCGAGAACAGCAGGUCACCACAGGUCAUUGCCGAAAUGUUGGCCAGCGACUUGCGAACUUCUUGUCAAGGUCACAAUCACAAUGUGCUUUUUUGAAACUCAUUCAUUUCCAUUCGUAUUUAUUAAUCUACUUAACGAACAAACUCCAAACUCUCCAUAUGCUGGACAUUAUUAUAUUGCAUUAGCAACCACUUUUUAGUCUCGUCAGUUUGGUUUCCAGACCACCAAACCAUAGGACUGACAGAACACUGGAGGGUUUUUUUUUUGUUUUUUUUAAAGUUGCACAGUAGGUUAGUGAAUUAACUGAUGAAUUAUCCACCUCUGCACAGCUUUAGUUACAACCAUAAGUAUAAGUUAAUGGAAAGUACAAGUCUAUGGAAGGAAUCCUUAUCCUAAGAGACUUCAUCCAGACAUUCAAUGGGAAGUGAUACACUGUGAUCUGACCAUGAAAGAAGCUCGGGAGCAUGAUGCCUGCAGAGACUGGGUCAGGACAUGAAGGACAAAUCAACAUGGACUAUUAAACAGAAAAAAAAAAGAUCAGCAGAAAAGAGCAGAGAACUGAAAUAACCUCCUCGUGUACCCCUGUGUGAACAACUGAACACUUAGCAACCCUGCUGAGCACUAGUCAACAUGUUACAUAAGUUUAAAAGGCAUUUUAAAUUGAUAGUUGUUUUUAACAGAUUAAUUCCACUAACGGUGCUGGAACAUCAAGGAAGCCUGGAGCUUCUGGAAGGCUUUAUAGAUACAUAUAUAGUAAUAUAAAUAUUUGUAGUUGCUGAAUAUAAAUGCUCAUUUCUUUUUAUGCUAAUUCUUCUUCUUCUUCUUCUUCUUCUUCUUUUUUCUUCAAUAAAGUAAUUUCUUCCAGAAA